ACUUGACACUCGACGUUUAUAUAGAUUUUGGGAACACAGACAAAAUGCCAGGUCUAGAUUUUAAGUUUCUGGAGAGACCUAAGAGACGAUUCCACUGCCCUUUGUGUAACAGAAUAAUGAGAGACCCCGUGCAGGUAUCCACCUGUGGUCACAGAUUCUGUGACACCUGUUUACAGGAAUUUUUAAGUGAGGGAGUGUUUAAGUGCCCUGAAGAUCAGCUUCCACUGGACUAUGCCAAAAUUUUCCCUGAUGCUGAUCUAGAGCAGCAGAUUCUGUCUCUGCCUAUUCGCUGCAUCCACAGUGAGGAGGGCUGCCGUUGGACCGGCCAAACCAAACAGCUUAAGGCCCAUCUCUCCGUCUGUUCCUAUAACGUAGUGCCUUGUCCUAACCGCUGUCCGGAGAAGCUGGCCCGGCGGGAUCUGCCCGAGCACCUGCAGCACGACUGCCCUAAGAGGAGACUACGCUGUGACUUCUGUGAAAAGGAGUUCACAGGGGAGGCUUAUGAGGAUCACCAGGGCCUGUGUCCACAGGAAAGUGUAUACUGUGAGAAUAAAUGUGGCGUUCGUAUGUUACGCAUGCUUCUGCCUCAACACAUGCUCUCUGACUGUCCUAAACGCAAGCUGCCCUGCAGACACUGCACCAAAGAAUUCCUCUGUGAUACCAUCCAGCAUCACCAUCUUCAGUGCCCACGCCUCCCGGUGCAGUGUCCGAAUAAGUGUGGCACACCUGGCAUCGCCCGAGAGGAGCUGCCAAUCCACCUGAAGGAGAAAUGUAGUAAUAACGAAGUCCUUUGCCCUUUCAAAGAGGCAGGCUGCAAACACAGGUGCCCAAAGCUCUCUGUCGGGAAACACUUGGAGGAAGCUGUCCAGUCCCAUCUCUUUCUGCUGUGCGGUGUGGUGAACCGGCAGAGGCUGGAGCUGAGAGAACUGAGGCAUUGCGUGGAGGAAUCUUCUAGAAACUUUGAUGGGAGCCUCCUCUGGAAGCUUUCAAACUACAGUCGGAAACUGCAAGAGGCUCAGAGCAAGAUAAACGGAUGCGUGGAGCUCUUCAGCCGUCCCUUCUACUCCCAUCGCUAUGGUUACCGCCUCCAAGUCACCACUUUCCUCAAUGGGAACGGUAGCGGUGAGGGGACGCACUUAUCCAUCUACAUCCGUGUUCUUCCGGGAGAGUACGACGGACUCUUGGAAUGGCCUUUCCCGUAUCGUGUCACCUUCUCGUUGCUCGACCAGAGCGAUCCGUCCGUCACCAAACCUAAGCAUGUGACCGAGACCUUCAGCCCUGACCCAAACUGGAAAAAUUUUCAGAGGCCACGCCCCAUAGCAAUGAACACCGUCCGCGGGGGCUGCCUGGAUGAGAGCAUGCUGGGUUUCGGCUAUCCAAAGUUCAUCUCCCAUCAGGAGAUGAUGAAAGGAAACUACAUCAGGGACAAUGCUAUUUUCAUCAAAGCUUCCAUAGAUGUGGUCCAGAAUAUAAUAAAGUGAGCUGUUCGAUGGAAAUGAAGAGCUGAGAUUUAACCAGAAACGUUGUACUGGCAAUGACUACUAGUCCCCCCACCCCCACCCCCCCGGCACCUCUGGAAGUAUAGACAACUGGACUAUGACUUAAGUUGUUGGGAAGAUCCCAUACUAUUACUGCAUUUACUGCCUAAACAGACAUGGCAUUUGUGUUACUCUGAGCUCCAGUCACUGAGAGAACAGCGAACCAUUCGUCUCUAGUUUCGUUCAGGAAUCUGAAAAUGUGAAUGAAUUAAUACCAUUAUUACAUGAUAAUAACAGAUUUGUAUUUCUGUUAUCUUUGUGAUGGCUGCUUUAUCAAAGUUUACUGACUGACUGACUGACCGUCUAACUGAUGGAUCACUUUACGCUGCUUGUCCUUGACCAUCAUUCAGUUUCAGGUGUCAGUCACAGGAAACGUCCGGGAGUUUAGUGUAUCGUUACUUAUUUAAAACAACAAAGUACAAGCUAUGGAUAUGUGUAACCGUGCCUUCA